CUCUGCGGCCGCCGUAGACAGGAGCAGAGCCAACAUGGUGCUGGAGAAGAAAGGUUCCGCCCGGGUGGAGGCGGGGCAGCGUAGAGUUUUGGACGAAGCGACGAGACAGAGGAGAUUGACGAGACAGCUGGAGGCUCUGGAGAAGGACAACUUCCAGGACGACCCUCUGUCCUCCCUGCCUCCCCCGGGUCCUACUGCCCGCCUGCCGGCCUUCAGUGAGACAGAAGAACCAGAGAAGAAGAAGAGGAAGACGCGUGGCGACCACUUCAAGCAGCGCUUCAGGAAGAACUUCACCACGCUGCUGGAGGAGGAGAACCUGUCGGAGAGGCCGGACCCCAACUACCUGUCAGCGGCGGCCCCGCCCUCGUCUCUGCCCCCCCGCCACUUCUGCUGUGUCUGCGGCUUCCCCUCGCACUACACCUGCACCACCUGCGGGGGGCGCUAUUGCAGCACCAGGUGUCUCUGCACGCACCGGGAGACCAGGUGUUUGAAGUGGACCCUCUAACUGCGGCCUCGUCUGCAUGGUGAUGACGAUUAUGGGAUAUGAAGCUACGGCUGGUUAGCUUAGCUUAGCACAAAGACUGGAAACGGAGGGGAGCUGUUAGCCUGGUUGUGACUUGUUCUCCACCUGUACAUAAACACACGUGUCGUCUGUUGUUAUUGUUUGUAAAUAAUGAAAACAGCUGUUAUUUAGUUUAAUCUUUUAUUAAAUAAAAACUUCUGAAAUGCU